AUGCAGACCACGCAUCCGGUGAGCCUUCAGUCGCAGCGUAUCCAGGGCAUUUACACUCUGGACAACAACGACAGCUCCGGUAUCCCCCACAGUGCCGGAAGCUCGGCCAGCAACUCUCCGAACCACUACGAACGGUUUUCACCGCCCACACACCUGAUGGAUCUCAGCAGCCCGCCGGAGCACAGAGAUCUACCAGGCUACCAGACCCAUCAUCACCAUCAUCAUCACCAGAUGAUCUACCAGCCACCCGCCUACCCGAUAUAUGGAAAUCAGGAUGAGACGAAGAGGUACCAGGAGCACGCCAGCAAUAAGAUACUCAGGGACCUUCAGACGGAGGUGACCGAGUACGACAGACGUUUGCACGACAAUUCGCCGGGCUUUCUGUCCGAUCAUAGUCGAGAUCACGAGCAGAAUCUCUACCUAACACCCUCGCCCCAGAUGUACUCGUCCGGUGGCGAAGAGAUCGUGCCCAGGCAUCCUCAACAGAGCUACCAUCACGUGGAGCCGAUGGAUUACAAGCCAGAGAUCGUGGAUUACAAGCCUGAGAUGGAGCAGCAAAGGUACAAACAAUUGAGUGAGAUAAUGGAACCGUCGUCCUCGACGAAAAGCUACGCGGUCGAGGGGUCCAGGGGCAGCGGGAAGAGGAAGAGGAAGUCCAGCAGUGCCGAGAACGAGUCCGAGACGGAGAGCAACGCCUCCUCGACGAAGUCGAAGUUCAGGAAGAAGAGCUGCGCGACGUUCGAGGAGAUCCAGAACCAGAGGGUGAUGGCGAACGUAAGAGAGAGGCAGAGGACGCAAAGUCUGAACGAGGCGUUCGCGUCUCUCAGGAAGAUCAUACCGACGUUGCCCAGCGACAAGCUCAGCAAGAUCCAGACGCUUAAGCUGGCCACCAGGUACAUCGACUUCCUGUUCCAGGUGUUGCACUGCAACAUGGAAAACACCGACGCCGCCGAUGAUGUUGGUGACAGAAAUCCAAGAAGCGCGGUAUUGGCUGCGAGAGAAAUAACCUCGUCGUCGUGCAGCUAUAUGGCGCACGAGAAGCUCUCGUACGCUUUCAGCGUUUGGAGAAUGGAGGACGAUUGGAACUCGAACCUCUAG